CCGAAAGUGAAAGUGUUUCUCCCUCCGAAUCGACUCCAUUUUGUGAAGCGUUUGUAAAAGUUAAAACAUGUUUAUCAGCAGCAGAAACUGUGAUAUUAAUGUCAGGACAAGGCCUGUUGACUAAAGGAGUGUGAUAGAUUCCAUCAUAUAUCAGACUCUUCAGGACUCAGCUGUGUGUUUGUGUAAACUUUACUAAUAUUUAAAGAUGGAGACUCCUGAUCUGGACACAGAUAAUGUUUCUACACCAUCAAACAACCGUAAACUCCAGAGAAAGUUAUCAGAAUCACCAACACACAGCUGUAUCUCCAUGAAGAGUGACUGGUCUAUGAGUCUUCCUCCUGGGUUUAAAGAUGGAGACUCAUCACUUCUACACAGUGAUCUACAGAAGACAGGAAACAGAAGAGAAAUGAAGAUCACAGAUACAGGGCACGACCCAGAAUCUGCUGCUUUAAAUGAAUUUCAGAAAAACUUCCAAUUAAAUCUGAUGAAGAAGUUUCAGUGUUUGAAUGGAGUGAUAAUGAACCUGGGAACACAAACACUCCUGAAUGAGAUCUACACAGAGCUCUACAUCACAGAGGGAGACAGUGGAGUAGUCAAUAAUGAACAUGAGGUGAGACAGAUCGAGGCAGAAUCCAGGAGAACAACAAAAGAGGAAACACCAAUCAAAUGCAAUGACAUCUUUAAGCCUUUAUCUGAACAAGACAAACCCAUCAGAACUGUGCUGACAAAGGGAGUCGCUGGCAUCGGAAAAACAGUCUCUGUGCAGAAGUUCAUACUGGACUGGGCUGAAGGGAAAGCAAAUCAGGACGUCCACCUCAUAUUUCCACUUCCUUUCAGAGAGCUAAACUUGAUGACGGGCCAGACACUGAGUCUGAUGGAGCUCCUUCAUGUCUUUUUUAAGGAAACAAAAGAAACAGAAAUGUUCAGUUUGGAAAAGGUUAUGUUCAUUUUUGACGGAUUGGACGAGUGUCGUUUUCCUCUAGAUUUCCGGAACACAGUAAGUGUGUGUGAUGUAACUGAAUCAGCAUCAGUGCCUGUGCUGCUGAUAAACCUGAUCAAAGGUAAUCUGCUUCCCUCUGCUCUCAUCUGGAUCACCUCCAGACCUGCAGCAGCUGAUCAAAUCCCCUCUGAGUGUGUGGAUCGAGUCACAGAUGUACGAGGGUUCAAUGACCCACAGAAGGAGGAGUACUUCAGGAAGAGGAUCAGUCAUCAGAGCCUGGCCAAUAACAUCAUCACACACCUGAAGUCAUUAAGAAGCCUCUACAUCAUGUGUCACAUCCCAGUCUUCUGCUGGAUUUCUGCCAUUGUUCUAGAGAGAAUGUUGGGUGAAGCAGAGAGUGGAGAGAUCCCCAAGACUCUGACUCAAAUGUACACACACUUCCUCAUCAUUCAGACAAACAUCAUAAGAGAAAAAUACUCAAAGAAGCAGGAGAGUGAUGAAGAAAUGCUUCUUAAACUGGGACAACUGGCUUUUCAGCAGCUGAAGAAAGGGAACCUGAUCUUCUAUGAUGAAGACCUGAGAGAGUGUGGUAUUGAUGUGAGAGAAGCAGCAGUGUACUCAGGUGUGUGUACUCAGAUCUUCAGAGAGGAGUUUGGACUUCACCAGAGUAAAGUGUACUGCUUUGUUCAUCUGAGUGUUCAGGAGUAUCUCGCAGCUCUGUAUGUGCAACUGACCUUCAUGAAAGAGAAGAGAAAUGUUCUUAUUCACAAUCAAGAUUCUAACAGGUGGAUGAAAAAAAAUACUAUAUCACAUGUACACAAGAUUGCAGUAGCUCAGACUUUAGAAAGUCAGACUGGACAUCUGGACCUUUUCCUUCGCUUCCUUCUGGGUCUCUCACUGGAGUCCAAUCAGAAACUCUUACAUGCUUUAGUAAUACAGACAGGAAGUAGCUCCAGGGGCACAGAGGAAACCGUUCAGUACAUUAAGGAGAUUAUCAGUGAAGAUCUUCCUACAGAGAAAUCCAUUAAUCUGUUCCACUGUCUGAAUGAACUGAGUGAUAAUUCUCUAGUGGAGGAAAUCCAACUCUACCUGAAAUCUGGAAAACAAAGUAAACUUUCUUCUUCACAGCUGUCUGCUCUGGUGUUUGUGUUACUGACAUCAGCACAGGAGCUGGAUGAAUUUGACCUGAGUAAAUAUACCAAUUCAGAUAACAUAACAGAAGAUGUUGUUCUGAAGAUGAUGCCUGUGAUUACAGCAUCCAGUAAAGCAAUUAUCAGCUGUGAUUCACUUGGAGUGGAAAGUUGGUCACCUCUGGUCUCAGGGCUCAGAUCAGAAACCUACAAACUGAGAGAACUUCAUCUGACUGUGAAAACACUGAAUCUGUCUGAGAAUAAACUAGGAAACUCAGGAGUGAUGAUUCUCUCUGCUGUACUGGAGAAUCCUCACUGUAAACUGGAGACACUGGGGUUGUGUAAUUGUGGUGUCUCAGAUGAAGACUGUGCUGCUCUGACUUCAGCUCUAAAAUCAAACCCCUCACACCUGAGAGAACUGGAUCUGUCUGAGAAUAAACUAGGAGACUCAGGAGUGAAGAUACUCUCUGCUGUACUGGAGAAUCCUCACUGUAAACUGGAGAUACUGAGGUUGUAUGAUUGUGGUGUCUCAGAUAAAGGCUGUGCUUCUCUGACUUCAGCUCUGAGAUCAAACCCCUCACACCUGAGAGAACUGGAUCUGGCCUAUAAUAAACUAGGAGACUCAGGAAUGAAGAGUCUCUCUGCUGUACUGGAGAAUCCUCACUGUAAACUGGACACAUUAAAGUUGUGUAAUUGUGGUGUCUCAGAUGAAGGCUGUGCUGCUCUGACUUCAGCUCUGAGAUCAAACCCCUCACACCUGAGAGAACUGGAUCUGUCCUAUAAUAAUCUAGAAGACUCAGGAAAGAAGAGUCUCUCUGCUGUACUGGAGAAUCCUCACUGUAAACUGGAGACACUGAGGUUGUGUAAUUGUGGUGUCUCAGAUGAAGGCUGUGCUGCUCUGACUUCAGCUCUGAGAUCAAACCCCUCACACAUGAGAUACCUGGAUCUGAACUAUAAAAAUGUUGGAGACUCAGGAGUGAAGAGUCUCUCUGCCUUACUGGAGAAUCCUCACUGUAAACUGGAGAUACUGGGGUUGUGUAAGUGUGGUGUCUCAGAUGAAGGCUGUGCUGCUCUGACUUCAGCUCUGAGAUCAAACCCUUCACACCUGAGAGAACUGGAUCUGAACUAUAAUAAACUAGGAGACUCAGGAAAGAAGCCUCUCUCUGAUCUUAAGGAUGAUGAACAUUACAAACUACAGACACUGAUGGUCUAAUGAAUAUCUGUGUGUGAUGAAGUCUCCAGUGUUCCUGCAUUACCAUGCAUUUAUUAACACAUCACUCAUUUAGUUCUAACACAUUAAACAGACUCAGAGACAUGAGAAGAGUGUGUUCAUUGUGUACAGUGAAUCAGACUAAACACAAUUCUACACUGAGUUUAUAAUGACCUCUGAUCCCUGGAUAAAAUUCCCUGGACUUCAAUCCCAUAAAAAACCUGAGGAAUUAUUUGGAACAGCAGAUGAAAAUCCACAUGAACUCGAGCUGAACCCUGUUCAUUUUACUGUUUGUGUGAUUUAUUAUUUUCUUAUUAUUGCAAUAUGAUUUAAACUUUUUAUACAUGUAUACGUAUAGCUAUAUUACUGGAUAUACAGGGAGUGCAGAAUUAUUAGGCAAAUGAGUAUUUUGACCACAUCAUCCUCUUUAUGCAUGUUGUCUUACUCCAAGCUGUAUAGGCUCGAAAGCCUACAACCAAUUAAGCAUAUUAGGUGAUGUGCAUCUCUGUAAUGAGAAGGGGUGUGGUCUAAUGACAUCUACACCCUAUAUCAGGUGUGCAUAAUUAUUAGGCAACUUCCUUUCCUUUGGCAAAAUGGGUCAAAAGAACGACUUGACAGGCUCCGAAAAGUCAAAAAUAGUGAGAUAUCUUGCAGAGGGAUGCAGCACUCUUAAAAUUGCCAAGCUUCUGAAGCGUGAUCAUCGAACAAUCAAGCGUUUCAUUCAAAAUAGUCAACAGGGUCGCAAGAAGCGUGUGGAAAAACCAAGGCGCAAAAUAACUGCCCAUGAACUGAGAAAAGUCAAGCGUGCAGCUGCCAAGAUGCCACUUGCCACCAGUUUUGCCAUAUUUCAGAGCUGCAACAUCACUGGAGUGCCCAAAAGCACAAGGUGUGCAAUACUCAGAGACAUGGCCAAGGUAAGAAAGGCUGAAAAACGACCACCACUGAACAAGACACACAAGCUGAAACGUCAAGACUGGGCCAAGAAAUAUCUGAAGACUGAUUUUUCUAAGGUUUUAUGGACUGAUGAAAUGAGAGUGAGUCUUGAUGGGCCAGAUGGAUGGGCUCGUGGCUGGAUCGGUAAAGGGCAGAGAGCUCCAGUCCGACUGAGACGCCAGCAAGGUGGAGGUGGAGUACUGGUUUGGGCUGGUAUCAUCAAAGAUGAGCUUGUGGGGCCUUUUCGGGUUGAGGAUGGGGUCAAGCUCAACUCCCAGUCCUACUGCCAGUUUCUGGAAGACACCUUCUUCAAGCAGUGGUACAGGAAGAAGUCUGCAUCCUUCAAGAAAAACAUGAUUUUCAUGCAGGACAAUGCUCCAUCACACGCGUCCAAGUACUCCACAGCGUGGCUGGCAAGAAAGGGUCUAAAAGAAGAAAAACUAAUGACAUGGCCUCCUUGUUCACCUGAUCUGAACCCCAUAGAGAACCUGUGGUCCAUCAUCAAAUGUGAGAUUUACAAGGAGGGAAAACAGUACACCUCUCUGAAGAGUGUCUGGGAGGCUGUGGUUGCUGCUGCACGCAAUGUUGACGGUGAACAGAUCAAAACACUGACAGAAUCCAUGGAUGGCAGGCUUUUGAGUGUCCUUGCAAAGAAAGGUGGCUAUAUUGGUCACUGAUUUGUUUUUGUUUUGUUUUUGAAUGUCAGAAAUGUAUAUUUGUGAAUGUUGAGAUGUAAUAUUGGUUUCACUGGUGAAAAUAAAUAAUUGAAAUGGGUAUAUAUUUGUUUUUUGUUAAGUUGCCUAAUAAUUAUGCACAGUAAUAGUCACCUGCACACACAGAUAUCCUCCUAAAAUAGCUAAAACUACAAACAAACUAAAAACUACUUCCAAAAAUAUUCAGCUUUGCUAUUAAUGAGUUUUUUGGGUUCAUUGAGAACAUGGUUGUUGUUCAAUAAUAAAAUUAAUCCUCAAAAAAUACAACUUCCCUAAUAAUUCUGCACUCCCUGUAUAACUAAAAUGAUAUUGUAUAAAGGUACUUAAAAUGUCUUGUAUAAAUAUAAAUAUAAAUAUAAAGCAGGAAUGCCAAACUUCUCAAAGGAUAAGAUCCAGUAGGGGUUGCAGAAGUGCCCUUGUCAAUAAAAUUGAUUCAAUUAAAUAAUUGGCGCACGAGUUGUGCUACUCAAGUGUCACAAGUUAAUAAUAGGCACGUGACCAAAAGACUAUAAAGAAGUGUGCCGAUGGUCGCAGAUUUGCCAGAAAGGCACCUGUGACGUUACAAUAACAACACAAAUUGCAGGUUGAAAAACAGUGCACAGCUGCUUCCCUCUUUGCCUUUUCAGAGCCACACUGGAGUGUUUCCUGCCUGACACUACAGUACUUUCUAAUAUUUUGUGACUUUAUAAAAAGCAAUAUAAAACAUGAAUAAUUUUUAUUUUUAACAUCAACUUGCAGUAAAUAGUUGGAAAAUAUGUAGAUGGUAAUGAAAUUAAACAGCCAUCAGCAGCAACAGAAUUGUACCUUCACCAACUUAUUAAAAAACUAAAUUUGUGUUGCUUUUAUAAAUUAAAGCAUUUACUCAA